AUGUUCAGGGCUCUGCUGCAUUUCAGCGCCAUGAACAACGAGAUUGCGAUUUAUCGCGCCGUGAACCGCGCCUGCAGUUUCGCCACGUCUCACGCCCGCCAGAUCCGUGAUCUCACAAAAUUCUACUCUGCCAGGCGCAGGAUCUACCGACGGGAGUCCGACCGCGGGGAGAAGCCAACGCUUCUCGCAGCUCUCGCAGACGAGUGGUGUCAUCUAUGGUCUCACGCUGUCAGUAGGGCACCUCAGAACGAGCGGGAGCACUACGCCUUAUUCGACGACAAGAUGGCCAAGUGGGACGACCUCCUUCAAGAUGUCGACCUUUUGCUAUCUCCCGGGUUCUGGCCUUACUCCGAUGACCGCUCUGUGACUCAGCGACCGGAGGAGCACCAACUCCAGCGCGAAGAUGCGAAUGCCAAUAAAAAGCACCUUCUCUCCUCUGAAGACGAGGCACCAGACAGUGCCAGCAAACGGCACUGCGUUGAGUCGGAAAGACCCACGGACUCCUUGCCUUCACCUAGUGAUUCGCGUGGCAGAGGCCACAGCUCGAGAGACUUAACACCCGCUCGCACAGAGAGGCUGCCGAGGAUCGAUGAAGGGACACCACAAGCCGACCGAGUCCAGGCUGAUCAUGCCGGACAAGACGUCUCCCCAGAGCAGCCUGGGGAGACUCAUCACUCUGCAUGCAAGCUAGAUCCACCUGCAGAGAUUGACAAGAUUCACAGUGGGGUUGACGGCCACUUGACUUCCAAGGAUGCCUUAUCAGAGAUGGCCAAGUCUCAUGAGGCCCGCCUUCAGGGGCUUGAGGCGUCCAGUACUGAUGCGCAAGCCGUUGCCAAGAAUACCGAGGACUCUUUGGCCCUUGAACGACUUGGUACUCGACUUCAGGAUCAGAUCAAUGGCCAUGGUGCUCGCCUAGACCUUCUCGAAGAACGACGGAUACACAACACCAUGUCAGAGGAGGAUGCAAAGCGGAUCGAAACACUCGAACAGCGCAACAGAGACCUUGAGGAACAGCUCAAUGACCUGCGGCCAGGUUUCAGCACUCGCGCGGCGCGUGGCCGAAUCUGA